AUGACUGACAAGUACAGGGAUAACCUACCAUGGGUUGAGAAGUACCGUCCAGAAAACCUUACUGAGGUGUAUGGACAACAAGAUAUCGUCAAUACUAUACGAAGAUUUGUUGAAACUGGUAAAUUACCCCAUUUAUUAUUCUACGGACCUCCAGGUACCGGUAAAACAUCAACCAUUAUUGCAUUAGCUCGCGAAAUCUAUGGUCCACAUUACAAAAACAUGGUUUUGGAAUUAAAUGCAUCUGAUGAUCGAGGUAUUGAUGUUGUGCGUAAUCAAAUCAAGAGUUUUGCAUCAACAAGACAAAUUUUUACCAGUAGUUCUUCGCCACAGUUUAAGCUCAUUAUCUUGGAUGAGGCCGAUGCCAUGACUAGUGUUGCUCAGAACUCAUUACGAAGAAUCAUUGAAAGGUAUACUAAAAACUGUCGAUUUUGUAUCUUGGCUAAUUAUUCACACAAGUUAAACCCAGCUUUGAUUUCGAGAUGUACUAGAUUCCGAUUCCACCCUAUUGAUGAGGAAGCUAUACGUAGUAGGAUCGAUAACGUUAUAAUCAAAGAGAAAGUCAAUAUCACCCCUGAUGCAUUGAAUGCAUUAUUACGUCUUUCACAAGGUGAUAUGAGACGAAGUUUGAAUGUUCUUCAAGCGUGUAAAGCAGCGUGUGGAGAUGAUGAAACGAUUGAUAUUGAAAUGAUUUAUAAUUGUGUUGGAGCUCCUCAUCCACAAGAUAUCGAGGCUGUUUUGGAUUCAAUAUUGAAACAAGAUUGGACUACUGCUUAUUUGACGUUGAAUAAGUAUAAAAUUGAUAAAGGGUUGGCUUUGGUUGAUUUGAUUACUGGGUUUAUUGAGAUUUUAAAUGAUUAUAAAGUUAAACCAAAGACGAGAAUAGAGUAUUUGAAAGGGUUGUGUGAGGUCGAAUAUGGAAUAUCUAAAGGUGGUAAUGACAAGAUCCAAAGUAGUGCAAUUAUCGGAGUUAUUAAACAGGCCAUGGAGAACGAAGCGAAGUAG